AUGUCUUCUUUGACUAGAUUGUUACAAGAAAAGAAGGACAAUGCACAGCUCAAACAAGGAAGCCCGGUACCUUCAAUUGCUGAAGAUGUCGCUUCUACAACUUCAAAUACUUCUUCUAGUUCUUCUCUUCCUCCAAGACCGAUUAUUUAUGGCACCGGCAUGCCUAGAGCUUCAGUUGCAAGCGUGACAACUGUUACUCAAUUAGACUCAGAAGAUGAUGAUACUGAUAGUGCGCAGAGUGCUAGUGCGAUUGUCAAUACAAGACCUGGUGAUGAGAGCAUGUAUUUUAAGGCUGGUCCAAAUGAUGCUGCAUCUUCAAGACUUAGAAAUCCGAUAAAUAGUCCAUUAGAUUCGAAGAGUGGCUUGUCCUCAAGUUUUUUAGAUUCAAAUUCAGCUCAUACCGCUACUAUGCAUGGUACAACUGUUAACACAAGGGUCGGUAGUAAUUCUGUUAUUUCAAAUGAAAAUGUGUUUAGUUCUACUGCUUAUGGAAGCUCGUACGGUGAUACUAUUCAACGUCGAAGAAGUGGUAGGGCUUAUUCAAGCUCUAAUCAAAUGAGACAGAUUCCAUCUUUAUCAUCUAGUAUCCCAUAUUCUGUUCCUAACUCCAAUAAAGAAAGAGCAGGAACUAGUAGUAGUGGCUCCUCUGUAACAAAUUCAUGGAUUGAAGCAUAUGGUGGAAGCAUGCCAAGUAAUAUUUCUGCAAUUGACUCCAAUGUAAUUUCUUCGCCAAUUGUGGACUCCGUUGAACCAAGAUUCAUAAUCUCAAAACAAAAAUUACAAAAAUCAUCUAUGGAAAAUAGUACAUCUCAAGCAGGAUCUGUAUCUCGAUCAAAUUCAUUAUCAUCUCAAUUAGGUAAUUUAUUUUUUUCAAAAAGUUCAAAAGAUAUUUACGGUUCCAGCUCUUAUUCAACAACCCAUACCACUGUGAACGGAAGUUUAAAUACAACCUAUACAACAUCAACAGCUGCUACCGCAAUUCCAAAACCUGGCCGUGCUAGACAAAGCAGUAUUUAUCAAUCUUCAAGACAACCAUCUUCCUUCUCAGAUGCCACUAUUAGCUCUACGCCUUCUUUAAAUGAACAUGUGUCGAUUCAAAGUGCUCCAAAGGGCAGUUAUUCGUCUGUCUCAAAUUUAAAAAAUAUAUUUAAGAAGAAUUCUGGUACCAGUAUUAGUGGUUCUUCAAAUGCUGCCCCAUUAGCCGUACCUUCAAAAAUAACAACUAACGGUUCUAUUAGUAUUCCAGACAGAAUGUCUACACAAUUGAACACACAAAGUUUGACACCAAAUUUCUACGGUAGUAGUGCCAAUGCCAAUGAUACAUUAUAUUCCAACUCUGAUGAUACGAAACUACCUUUUUCAAGGAGAUAUGAAAGAUCAGGAGAAGAUUUGGGCGCAGGUGCGGGAGGAAGUGUGAAAUUGAUGAGAAGAAUAACAGAUGCUAAAGUAUUUGCUGUCAAAGAGUUUAGACAAAAACUUGAAAACGAAAGCAAACGUGAUUAUAUCAAAAAAAUUACAUCGGAGUACUGCAUUGGUACAACUUUACGUAAUCCAAAUAUUAUUGAAACCAUUGAAAUUUCUUAUGAAUCCAAUAGAAUCUACCAAGUUAUGGAAUAUUGUGAAUAUGAUUUAUUCGCCAUUGUAAUGAGUAAUAAAAUGUCAUAUGAAGAAAUAUGCUGUUGUUUUAAGCAGAUUUUAACUGGUGUUCAAUACUUACAUGGAAUCGGUUUGUCACACAGAGAUUUAAAACUGGACAAUUGUGUUAUUAAUAACCAAGGUAUCGUAAAAUUGAUUGACUUUGGUGCAGCCGUUGUUUUCUCAUAUCCAUUCUCUAAAACUUUAGUAGAAGCUAGUGGUAUUGUUGGAAGUGAUCCUUAUUUAGCACCUGAAGUUUGUAUAUUUUCAAAAUACGAUCCACGUCCAGUUGAUAUUUGGUCAGCGGCAAUCAUUUUUGUAUGUAUGGUAUUAAAGAAAUUUCCUUGGAAAAUUCCAAAGUUACGUGAUAACUCCUUUAAAUUAUUUUGUUCAGGACGUGAUUGUGAUUCUUUAAGUUCACUAGUUACAAAAACACCAGAGCCACCUUCAUAUGAUAAUGCUACCACCACUGGUAAUAAUGAUAAAAAUUCAAAUAACCCAUCGGAUCCAAAAAAUACCAAUAUUGGUCCACAAAGAUUGUAUCAUUCCUUACCUGAGGAAUCACAGAGUAUCAUUAGCCGUAUGGUUGAUCUAGCUCCAGCAUGCAGAGCGAAUAUCGAUGAGGUCAUGUCUGAUCCAUGGAUGGAAAGCAUAGAUAUGUGUUAUGUCAUCGAAAAUGGUGAUCAAUCAACUGUCGUAAAUAGUAAAUGCCAUACGCAUACUAAGGUCGACCAAAGUGAAGCACAUAUAGCUGGUUUAGAGAAGAAGAAAAAGAAACAACAAGCUGCUGAUAACCAUCACAACGCAUCAUAA